AGAAGGAGAGCCUGUCAGACUGUAAGAGUGGCAUCAAAUCUUCCCUUCAUCAAACCUCCUCUUCAUCAGUGACCGUUAGUAUGGAUAUUCUAAUAGGGGCGAAUUAGCCAGUUAACCCCGGGACAGGGGCAGAGGUAGGGGGCUGUGCCGGGAAGAAGCGGUGCGGGGAGGAGCGCAGCGCGGUCCCGGUGGAUGCGACGGCGGCAUGGAGAUGUUGCGCCGCUCCUCCGUGUUCGCUGCUGAAGUGUUUGACCGCUCGCCGACCGACAAGGAGCUGGUGUCCCAGGCCAAGGCGCUGUGCAGGGACUACAUCCACUCCAGGCUGAACCGAGCCGGGAUAGGCUGGUCCAAACCCGAGCACGGCCUGGCUGCCUCGGGGGGGGCUCUGGGGGAGAUCUCCUCCGUGAUGCUGUGGCUGGGUGAUGAGUUGGAGUACCUUCGACCAAACGUGUACCGCAACGUAGCGCGACAGCUCAACAUCACCGUGGCCUCAGAGAACAUUGUGUCGGAUGCUUUCCUGGCUGUGGCUGCAGAUAUAUUCUCCACAGGUGGGUCCACAUCAGAAUCUGGCUGUGUUGUAAAUCAAGCCUCACACACAGACUGCAUCAUGGGAACUAACUUUAGUGCCUUAUUAUUAGGAACACAAGUUUGA